AUGGGAAACUGUCGGAUAUGUAGGAAAGCCAUUGAAGAGGACGAGAACUUUCACACCUGUAGUAAUUGCCAUCAGUUUGUAUGCGACGACUGUUCCUCGUAUUCAUCGCGUGACGAAUCAAAAUACUGGAUGUGCAGUUUCUGCCGGAGACGGGGCUCGCAUCUCAUCCCGGCUACCGGUGCUGUCGAGCCAUUGGGCAUGAAGAGGACACCAUCUUUUAGCCGAAUGACGAGGUACGGCUCGGGUGACUCAACCCGUGGUCUCAACCUAUCGUCUAAAGGGGCCUCAAAUAUGCCGCCGAUAUCUCCGAUCACUAAACGUCGGCCGUCCCUAACAGACCAGCCCCGGCAGCACUCACUGGAGGCCACCUCGUCGGUGGCCUACACCAAGUCCAACGGUCAGCCGGGUAUCCAUCGGUCGCAUUCCCGUCCCUGUUCUCCACCCGACAAAUACUCAUCGCACGGACCGGGCGACCGAUACGCCUCAUCGGAGGCGCUGUCGGACAGUCGGCGCUCGUCCAACGACUCGGCGGCUGUUGUGGUGCACCGGUUGCCGCCCAGCGAUUCCGGGUUCAAGUCGCGCGACGAGUGCUACCAUCGGACCAAAUCGUAUUCAGUGUCCGACGAGGAGGACGACUCGUCCAACGAGGACGUCAGCGAAGGCAUGAACCGGUCGGUGAUCGGCGGCGGACACCAUCACCGGCGACAGAGGUCUCGCAAGUCGAAGAUUCAUCGCCAGAAGAGGUCGCUCACCAACGACGACGACCUGGUCGUCCAAAGUAGUAAUAACAUCAAUAACAACAACACGGGCUCAGCCGGGCAACUGAUGGCCAAUAAUAGUGAGACACAUCUGCGGCACAUAUCCUCAGACGCCAUGAUUUACUCGCGGAAUAACGGCUAUCAGACCCGUAAGAGUUCCGAGAGUUCCGACGUCAGCGAUAUGAGGUUCAGUCCGCCGCCGGAAAGCCUGACCCCAUCGUCAGAGUACUCGCGUUCGCCCCGCGAAUCGGCCGACUCGGACAUGUUAGGCCUUCCCACGUACCCACACCUGCAAACUCAACGCCGAUCCAUACCAUCAGUGUUGGUGGACGUCGUCGACACCAAUCACCUUACGCUCAAAGACUGCUUCCCUCGGCGGGGGUCGACGGGUCGGGCGCUGCCCAAGAUUCCAGUGGUGGAGCCGUCCCGAUCCAUGUUAGACCUGCCGCACUCACGCAAGUCUAGCUCCCACUCCCUGGACCUACCUAUGGAUCAGCCCCGACGGGCGUCCGCACCAGAGGGCGAGAACAUACGUAUUGUGAUCGACGACGUGGACAGUCGUAACGUUAGGAACUCAGUGACUCAGUUCGAGCGGGUGAUAUUGCACCGGGAUGAAAAUGACCGCAGUAAUAGGACCCGGGGCUUCGGACUCAGUGUGAUUGGCGGCAAAAUGAAUGAGCAGGAUGGUAACCUGUACGCGUACGUGGCCUGGACACAACCGGCCGGACCCGCUGAUAAAAUGGCACUCAAACCGGGCGAUAGGAUACUGGAGUGGGACGGCAAGUCUCUGGUCAACUGUAGCUACGAACAGGUCUGCCAUACCAUUGAGUGCUCGUCCGAUACCGCGGAGUUGAUCAUCGAGUCUAUGGUCAAGAGGCGCCGUUUAAGCCAAAUGUUAAGCCAGGCGUCUAUGGACUUGUCGGGUGUGGGCGGUGGCCAAUCGGGUGGCGUCGGUGGCAGUGCCGCCAGUCGCAGACGUUUGCCCAAAACGCCCGAAUCAAUGUUGGGCGCCGGCUGUCAAGAGUCUAAACAGGGUGAAAUACUACUACAAUGCUCGCUGGACAAUGACCACAAACAGCUCACUAUAGGCAUAAUAUGCGCCAAACGAGUGGUGGGCCUAAAAGCACCCUCAUAUGCACAGUUGCAUAUAUUGCCUGAACUUGGCUUCAAAAUAUGUAAGACUGAGCCGAGCCUUACCCUGGAGUGGAACGAGACCUUAAUUUUCCAACAGUUUCCCAUCGAUAAGGUGGGGGAUAUGGCGCUUGAGAUUACCAUUUGGGAGAACUCGGCCAACAGUAGCGGUCAGCCCAAGCCAUUGGCCACUACUGUCAUCCCGUUGCGCAGCGCUAUACUCCAUCACAUCGACUGGUGGCCACUACUGGCCCCCAACUCCAGCUUCGUUAAGGCCACGUCCAUGGAGUAUAUAGCCAUCAAACACGACGAUAUGAUGGCUAACGGGGGCUCGCGUUCAAUGCCGGGCAGUCGUCGCAACUCUAACCGGUCGUCCGUUUGCUACGAAAGUCUGUCUCAACAGCCGUCGAAGGCGUCGCUCGUGUCGUCCGGCGGCUCCGGGCGGCGAUCGAUGGACGAGACGGCGAGCCCGAAGCGCGGCUCCAGUUUCCGACUCAACACUCGCCACUCAGUCACCGACCUGAACCCAGUGGACCCGUCGGUCAAGGAGCUACUGGCGCCCCAAUACGACCCGCGCACUCGGCGCAAGAGCUCGUCGGCCUUAGCUCAGGCCAAACUCAAGCGCAGCCUAUCGCUCAAGUCGGACAACACGGGCACCGCCACCACCGCCAGCCGCUCCGAUUCGGUCGGCUCGGCCUCAGACCUGUUGUGCGACUCCGAGAUGCAGAGCGCCGUCGAUCGGUGUUGCGGUGAGAUUAAGCUCGGCUUCAUUAUGACCAAAGGCCUCCUCGAGAUUGAGGUCAUCUCCGCCCGCGGUCUUCCCAAUUGCCUCAACGGUCAGCCCCCGGACACAUACGUCAAGAUAUACCUGUGCGAUAAGGGGCGCCAACUGCACAAACGUAAGACCCGGGUGGUUCAAAAUGAUAGCAACCCCCAGUAUAAGCAGACCCUGAAAUACGACGCCUCCAUGAUAUACGGGCGCACAUUAUUGGUGUCCAUUUGGGACAAACAGAAGGGCUUUGAACACAACACUCCUAUCGGUGCCACAGAAAUACACGUCAAUAAACUAGAAUUACAUAAAUUGACGAUUAAAUGGUAUAAAUUGGAUACUCUUGAUAACGUCAAACAGUUUUCCGAUUGAUACCAAUAUGUUUGCCAAAUAGUGUUUUAAUUAAAAAACAUGAAACCGCUAA